GGGAAAGAUUGGAACAAUUAGUAAACAAAAAAAUUCACCACUCAAAAGAUCACCAAAAAUAAAAAAAGUCAAUUGCAAGCUUUAUAAUGAAGAUGACGAUAAGAUCGAUGAGAACAAUGAGAUCGAUAAAGAUAACAAUAAGACUAACAAAGAUGACAAAGAUAACAACAAUGAGAUCAAUGAAGACAAUAACAAAGAUAACUAUGAAGAUGAUGAGAUUGAUAUAAAAGAUAUUGACAAAGAUGACUAUGAAAAUAAUAAUAGGGAUGAAAAGACUAGAGAAAGAAAAAAAUUAGAAAAAAAAUUGUUUGAAGGUUUUAAGUUGAGAUUUGAAGUGAUAAAUAUGGAUGACAAAUUGAUGCUUCUAUUAGGCAGAUUUGUAGAAGAUGUUUUGUAUAAUUGGGCAGUGACUCAAUAUUUCAAAAU